AUGACUAUAUCGUACGCUAGCGAAGUGCCAAACGGCUCCAGCUUCGGCUGCUUCUGGAGGAUUCUGGUCAAAUGGCGGGGCUCCGUGUACAAGCUAAUCUGGCGGGAAUUGCUGGCCUACCUGUUCGUCUACUACCUCAUCAAUUUUACAUAUCGAUACGCGCUCAGCGAGCACCAGCGGGUAAUCUUCGAGAAGAUCAGAUACUAUUUCGGGAACUCCAGCGAGUCGAUACCGAUGUCGUUCGUGCUGGGAUUUUACGUGAGCCUCGUCGUGAAACGAUGGUGGGAGCAGUACAAAUUAUUACCCUGGCCGGACAACCUGGCUCUCUUUAUCAGCGCCGCCAUUCCUGGAAACGACGAGAGAGGGAGGCUGAUGAGGAGAAACAUCGUGAGGUACGCUGUGCUCGCGUACGUCAUCACGCUGCAGAGGAUUUCGUUACGCGUUAAAAGGCGAUUUCCGACGCUUCAGCACAUCGUAGACGUUGGCCUGAUGAUGGAAUCCGAGAAGAAAAUUUUCGAGAUGAUGAACAAGAAAGCGGCGAUGUCGAAGUACUGGAUGCCGCUGGUAUGGGCGACAAAUAUAAUUAACAGGGCCAGGAGGGAGGCCCUGAUAACCAGCGAUCAAGUGGUGCAAACCCUCCUUGUCGAGCUCAGCGACAUCAGGAAGAGGCUUGGCGCACUGAUCGGUUACGACACCGUUUGCGUUCCUCUAGUUUACACUCAGGUGGUCACGCUAUCACUGUACGCGUAUUUCUUUUCCGCGUUGCUCGGCCGACAGUUUAUCGAGCGGACCGACGUCGGAGGCGGGAAAUACGAGGAACCAGACAUGUAUUUCCCAUUUUUCACGGCGUUGCAGUUUUGCUUCUAUGUGGGAUGGCUGAAAGUCGCCGAGGUGCUGAUCAAUCCGUUCGGCGAGGACGACGACGACAUCGAAUUGAAUUGGCUCAUUGAUCGGCACAUUAAGGCAGGAUACAUGAUCGUCGACGAAAUGCACGAAGAGCACCCCGAGCUGUUGAAGGACCAAUACUGGGACGAAGUAGUGCCAAAAGAUCUACCGUACACGGUGGCCAGCGAACAAUAUCGACGAGAGGAGCCGAAAGGAUCUGCAGAACACUAUAAGGUCAAGGAGAGCAACGCUCUUUAUGCGAACGUAAUGCUGGGUACACAGAUUCACAAUCACGUUCAGCAUCGCAAGACCCAUCAGGACGACAUGUAUGCCGAUUACGAAAGCGUUGAUACUCCGUUAGUGGAGCGAAGGAAAAAUUGGCUACAGCGACAAAUCACGAGAAUGGGUUCCGUGCGCAGUUCCUCGACCACAUACAGCAGUGGUGGUGGUUUCUUCUCAAGAAACCGCCACAACAGCGUCUACAGUAGUCCUGAAACUGGAGGAUUGCCACAGACAAAUAAUCCAAAUCUUAAAAUGUCGCUUUACGAUCGAUUAGUAGGUCGUAAAAGCAUUCGAAGCCAACGAAUGGGUCGACAAGGUACAAUGACGAAGCUGAACUCGGUGCCGGUCUCGCUGAAGAACCGACCCCGUAUACCGACUCCGGACGUGACUAAAGAGGUGGUCGACCGUGAACAGAGAUUAGCUCUGUCCGCGACGAACGCGGCGAACAUCGGCGCGGGUGUGGUCGGUGUGAUACCGGCGAAUGGACAUUAUCCAACGGACCUACCUGUCGUCCAGGUGGUGCUCUCGCCGAUCCAAGAGACGGAGGGCACGCCAGCGACCGGAAAAUCGGGGGCAGCGGCCUUGGCGCAGGCGGUGUUGUCACCGACGUUAACCAGCGCUGGCCUGGUUGCCCCUGUCGCAUUGACACCGGUCACGAUGAGUCAGUUGUCGCAGUUGGGCCUGGUAACGACCACCUCGGCGUCGAUGCUCAGGUCUAGCAAUCAUCAUCCGAACGGAAUCCAAGCGACUCUGACCGAGGUGAACAGCAGCGAGGAGGAGGGCUCGGGCAGCGGUAGCAGUAGGAGUGGUAGCAUCACCGGACAGGAAGAACGGUCCACGCCUCUAAUGAGCCAAGAGAGAAGCACACCUUUGAUAGGGGACACAGCCAGCCCGUUGGGUAGCAACGGUAGCUCGCCUACGUUCGACAGUUACAACGAUCGUUCUCCUAUCUUGAUGAAUCCGGAGAAAUUGAGUUACGUGGUUGCUACAGUACCCACCGGGCAGGAUGUUAGGACAGGAUCGGAUCCACGUGGAAGACGAUCGGCGUCUUUACCUGGUCCGCCUAUUUUGCAGACCAGGGAGGACAGGAGCAUGUCCCUGCCUCAUUCACCUGGCCUUCAGCCUAGGGAAAAUCGUGCAGCCUCCGUGUCGAACGGCCACGAUCCACCUAAUAUAGAUAGGCUGAUGGUACACUGCAAGCAGGAUACUCGUCCCAGGACCAACAGCAUCGGCCACGAUCUCUGUAGACCCAGUCAUCGUAUCCAGGACACUUCCAGAAAGAUCAGCAGCGUGUCCUGCACCAACGCUUCGCUCUCGGGUGGACUAGGCGCGACGCCCACAAAUGCGACCACCAUCGUACCACCCAGUGCACAAGUUGCUGGCAGCAAGAGGGGAGAGGUCUACGUCUGACCCGGAACAUUUCGGGAAACAUUGUAGAGAGUUUUUUCUGUCAAGGUUCGACUCGAUCGUCGAACAACGCGCUUGCCUGCAACCCGAUUCCGUCCAUUAUUCCGAUGACUCGGUGUUAUAUACGUUCCAUACGUUCA